GCGGGGGUCGCCUGACUCCUGGCUGCGGACGGGGGGUCGGGAGCACCUGGCGGCGCUGCAGGUUGCACCCCCGGACCGUUAACCUGCUCCGGAAAAAGGUGGUCAGCAUGGAGCAGGACAAAAGAAACGGCCAGACGUGGCUCGGGCUUGGGUUUUGGCUUGGUGUUGUGUUGACUUUGGAAGGUGGGGUGGGCAGGAAGGUGUGCCCCUGCUGGGGUGGGGGGGGCCUCUGGGAGGAGGCAGCCCGCUAGACCCCGUUUUAUAAUCCUGCUGGCUUUGCCUUCGCAGGCCUCAGGCCGAACUCAGCUACACCGUAUUGAUUGUUGUGAAAUGGGGGUUUGGAGGGUCUGGUCGAGUAUGGUCUAGACCCUUCCAAGCCCUCGGCAGAGCAGCGAGACCAUCUGUUUCCUUUCUUGUCUUCUCUUCCUGGGCUCGCUCCUUUGAGGAUUUUAGACGCCAGCAUAGAAAGACAUUCAAAUACCCAAACAGACUAACAGAAGAGAAGUAACUAAGAAGAAAAUGCCUUGCUGCUGUUUUCAUAAUAAGAGGUCUAGUUUGCUUUACUUCGGUCGUUUCUCUUGACUCAGGGAGAGUUGCCCAAAUUGGAAAAUGCACCCUGUGGAACAAACCAGUACUUUGCUAAUUUAAAAAAUGUCAUUCUCUUUCUAUGUUUAGAUUGUGUGAUAUAGCACCUUGAAAUCCACACUACUUAGAAAAAAAAAAAACAAAACACCCAGCUGCAUAGAACCAUCUUUAUGGUCAAAUAAAAAUAAAAUGGAUUUUUAAAUUUAAGUAUGAAAACAAAACUUUAGUACAAUUGUUAUUUUAAGUGAUAUGUGGGAAAUGCUUAAAAAUCAUUUAAGCUCUACCACAAGUUCUUGGGAAAAACGUGUGUCGAAUCAAAGAGAGGGUUUUCAUGAAUGAAGAGCAGUGUUACACAUGAAGGAGAUGACAGUUUUAGACUUUAGGACAAUUAGUUUUCCCUUCUUAUACACAAUCUGCAGCAACUUUAUGUUAAAAAAUUUUAACCAAAAUUUAUAAAAGCAGUGGCAUUUACAUUUUAUAUUAUUCCUUUAAUUAAAAUACCAAGAAUCAUUUAAUUUUAACGUUGAGUACAGGUUAAUACUGAGAUAAUUGGGAAUAAAGAAUAUAUUACAUUAUUUACAUCCUUUACCUAUCAGGUUGAUAUUUACAGAAGUAAGUAUUUAGGGGGAAAAAAGAUAGCUUUCAUAUUCUCCCAGUAAAGACUCAUUUUUAUCCUGAGGCUUGUGUUUUCUGUCCUCAUUAUCUUUUUAUAACUGUAUAUGCUAGCAUCUACCAAAUUACCCAUGUAAAUCGUCUGACUCUGGCUCUGUAAUAUCCAGCUUCUCUACUUUGCUGAGGUGAGAAAAAGUUAAGUGUGGAUUAUGUUCAUCUGGUCCUAGUAACUGAUCCAUAGCAUUUAGAAAAUUAAUGUUUUUAUUUGAUUAGAGUUAAUGUUUUCAGCUGUGAUCCCUCCCAGUUUACCUUGACAGGAGGUUAAACCUGAAAAAAUUUGGUGAGCUUUUUCCUUUUUACAUUCUCUCUUGGUAAUGAACUCAUACAUAAUGAUAAAUAAGCCAUUCUUGUGGUAUUUGAAGAAUGUUUUUGCCUAGCCCAAGAUUGUUUUCCAUUUUCUCAGUUCUAUUUAUUUGCCUGGCAUUUUCUUCUAUAAACUACUUUUAUCAUUCAUCAGUUCGUUUCAUCAGCUUUUCUCUCUACUCCUUUUAAUUUGUAUGCCCAAUUAGCAUUUUCUGAUACAGUCUUGCAAUUAACAUAAUUAUCUGGAUUUUUCAGAGGUGGGACAUUAUUCUAUGUGCAGGUGCUGACGUGACCUUUUUUCAGUGUCACUGUUUUCAACCACUUGGAUAUUAUUACUUUAUAGGUUUCUUUGUUCAGUUGGUUCAGCCUCCAAAUCUUCAAAUUUUUUUUAGGGUUGACCAGAUAAACAUAUUCAUUUAAAUGAGCUUUACAUGUAGAGUUUUCCUUAUUGUUUAAUUAAUGGUUUCUCCUCCCUUCCUGUUAACUAAUACAAGGAAAAAUAUGUAAGAUUUUCAAGAUUAGUAUUUGAAAAUGUGUUAUUGAGCUGACAGAUUACAUUUUGAGUUUAGGAGAAAAAUUCAUACCUUGAUCAAAAACAAAAACUGGAACGUAACUCUUGCUUCCCUUUUCAGAAAUGAGUCUUCCCUCAGUAUAAAAAUGAUUGGCCAGUAAGUUUUGCAGUGAAUCCAUUUUGUUAGCCUGUUGCCUCAUGUCAUAAGAGUGAAAUCUUGUAGUUAGUUCCUAGGUUGGACUAGAUCGUGUUAGCACACUUCCUCCAAAGUCCAAGUAAAACACUUGCCAUUUAGUACAGUUAAAUAUUUGUUGAGGGCCUAGUCUGUCCUAGGUAAUCUGCCAGGGGCUGGUUCUUUUUAGCCAGUUUCACCCUUUGAGGGCAGAUUUAUUCCAAGAGGAUAAGGGAAGAAAGUUUUAUCUACUUUUAAUUAAUUAAUUCAAUGGAAGUCAUCCUUCAGAACUUGAAUCUUUUCAAAUUACGGUUAAGAGUUGAUGAUUGUUGGGACUGGCAAUUUUAUAAAAGCUCUUCUGCCCUGGGAAUUAAAACCUCAAAUCAAACAUAUGUAGUGUUUUCUUAAGUAUAUUCUUUUCUGCUGUGAUCUCUAAUGUUUCAUCCUUUAGUCGUUCAGCUAAUGUUUUAUGAGCCCACCAUGAAAGUGUGGGACAGUGUGGAGGAAAAAAGGGUAUACCUGAGUCCUUGCUCACAAUGCUUCCGGUCUAAUUUGGGAGACAAAACAAAUACACAAGUUAAAAAUUAAACAGUGCACAAGAGUGAGGCCUAGCCCCCAGAACCAUCCAGAACAGGGUUUCAGUCCUGUGGCCGUCCUUCCCUUCUACACAGGACAAGUUACUUAAUCUUUGUUCAAUUUCCUCAUUGUAAAAUGGAAAUAAUUACACCGAUCUCUUAGGAUUAUUGUGAAAAUUAAAACGAGAUAAUAUUAUAUGAAGUGCCUAGUGCAGUGCCUGGUACAUAGUAAGUGCUUCAUAAAUGCGAGCCAUUGUUAUUAAUUUUUGGAUGAUUGUUCAGCCAGUGAGUUCUGUGGGGGCAAGCAUUUAGGACUGGAGGGCUUAGAGAAGGCCCUCUGGAGGAAGGGGGCCUUGAGCUGGACUUGGAAGAGGCUGGGGAGAGAGGAGGGGCCUUAGGGAAGUUGAAAGGAAGAAGCAUGUUCGAAGAUCAGGGCGUGGAAUGUUCAUGAUACACGUGAGAGAGAGAGCGAGCAGAUGGGGCUUAUGUGGCAGACGUAUGGCUCUCCUGAGUUACUGCUGUAGGUCCUUCUGUGUGGUAGGCCUUCUGGAGAAAGACAGUCUGGUUUCUAGUUACAAGCCGUGUUUCCCCUUGGGUGAGGCAAUUAACUGGCUUUGGAUCUUAAUGGGAGUUUGGGGAAAAUCAGAGUUUACUGUAAGAUAAUUUAAGACCGUAUAGGAAGUGUCAACUUUGCAGCACUGUGCCUGGCACAUAACUACUCAUUAAAUGACAGCAGCUGCUGUGUCGUUGGAUUAUUCACUCGUUGAAUAUUACCGAAUGCUUACUCUGUGCCAUCACUGAGUUGGAAACCAACCGGGAAGUCAGUGAUGAAAAAGACGACAUGAUCCCAGCCCCUUGUUGAGUUCACAGUCGAGUGGAGGAGAUCAGCGAUGACAAAUGUGGAAUAAGGGCUAAGAGAGAGUGAGCAGGCUGGGAGGGGGUGCCACAGAGUUUGUGGAAAGAACUGGAUCGUUGGCAGGACGUCUGGCAAGGCUUCCCAGAGAAAGCCAUGCCUAAGGUAGGCACUGAGGUCCAGUUUUGGUUGAGAGUGUGAUUGCAUGAGUUUUUAAAAAUUUAAUCUCUGUAUUGCAAAAAGUUAACUCAAUUGAGAAUCCCCUCGUGCUGAUUCACACACCUCUUCCUUUUUUUAUUUUUACCCAUCACAUGAGUGUUUAUUUUAUGCAGUAAUGAAGUAGGUAAUUUACAUGUUAGAAUUAGUAAUGAAAGACAAUUUUAGUAGGAAGUUUUACAUAAAUAAGGAAACUUAUUCAUGUUUGAACAAGAUUGUUACUAAGUUGUUAGCAAUUUGGAACUGUCUCACUGUCUACUUAAUUAGGUUUCUUAUUUAAAUCAAACUCCUGGAAGAUAGGUAUUCACAGGUAAGCUACACCAACCUGCCUUGAAUUGGACUAGAACAGCAAAGGUCCCGUACGACCUCUGAUCUAGUGACUUAAGUUGGAAAUGGAGUUAAGUCCCACAGGUAAAAUAAUAUGGAGCAAGGAUGCUGUAAUUCCUUAUAGACCAAGGAGAUGCCCUCGGAAAAAUUUAAUAAAUCACAAUAUUUACGCUUAAGAAAUUAGGUACUUUUUUUUGUAACACCAGAUUUCAUCUGGGUUUAUCCCAAUUGUUAAUACAUUUAACUAUAUAAAGAUGGUGUAUAAAAAACCAGGUCCAAAAAAGCAAGAGAAUUUCGACAUAUUUUGAAGAAGAUCCUACAAACAAGUAGCUGAUUAAAACAUUUUUUUAAUCUAAAAGUUUUGGGAAGAUUAUUCUAUCUUCCCAAGGUAAUACUUUCUAAUUUUCUAAUUUUUUUUCUCAAUGUCUCCCAAAUAAUUUCUCUGCCUGUGUGCUUCUUAAAGGAUAGUAAUCCCAAAGAUUUUUUAACUCCUUUGUUAAAGAUCUUAAAGCCUUUUUAAACAUUUCAUAGCACUCCCAUUUGGAAACGAGGCGGGUACUUCCAUCUCUUAACCCAGUGCAAUUCAGAGCGGUGCGCACAGGCAAGCCUGAGAGCUAGCAUGAAAGCGUCGGUGAUUGGCGGGAAAUGUUGAGAUCCACUUCUUGCCCAAGGACAUUUCAUCUGGAUGGAAGGGAGUGAGGUGUCUAUGACCAGUGUUUCUAAUUUGCCCAGUAGUUUUGAGAUUAUUUUAUUAGGAUUUCAGACUUUAGGUCUGUUCUUGAGGACACCAAGAAAUCAAAAUGGAACAGGUAGAAGGACAGGAGUAACAUGAUGGCUCGGGUCAUCUGUUUAGUAUCUAGAGAUAGAAGAUGACUGUGCCAGGCUUUAGGUUACCAGAAUAGAAACCUGUUUGUUUUUAAGUACGCUGGGUCAACUGUGAACUUUCUGACCAAAAUAUAUGGGCAGUAGUAGGACUGGGAGAGCAUCCUCUCUCUCUCUCUCUCUCUGUUUAAGGAAAGGACGGUGUUGUGGAAGGUGCAUCCAGGCCUUUGUCUGUUUAACACACAUUUGAAAUCCUUGGCAGGUUCACUAUGAGAUGGCUGAAGGCAUAUAAUUUUGGUCUUAAAAUUUUGAAGUAAAUUUUCAAGCUAAAACGUAAAACAUUUUUGGCUUUGUGGAAUUUAAAUUGGUAGUGUCUUGUUCACAUAGGUAUUUUGUUAAAAAUAUGCACUGCCUAAUCCAGGCUUAAAAAAGAAAAGGUUUACAUCUGUAUGUCACUGAAGGUAGGGAAGAGUUUUAAUCAGAUUACAGGGUUGACUUUGGUAUAUGUUUUUGUAAUGGUGACCUGAAACUAAUUACAGAGCAACGUUUUACUGUUUUGCAUUUCAAAGUCUUAGGUACAAAGGUCCCUGGUUACUGAUAAUUUCAUUUUACUGAUAAUUUAAGUAGGAUUUUGCAUCUUUUCAUUUAACACCGUUACUUUUGAAACCAUAUGAAGUUACCAGUUUCAGGGAGGAAAAGAAAGUCCCAGUCCUUGUACUUUAAUAAUAAUAUUGAUAAAUAUGUUUUUCCUCUUAAUAAAUCGUUUUUACUUUCUUGAUUUUAACUCCUUUUGUUACUCUUUGAUAUCUGACAUAUAGAAUGAAAUUAAAGCUCAUCCCUUAUUUUUAUGCUGCUUUUGUAUUAUUAGUGGACAAAUACAGAGUUAUACUUUAUGGGAAACGUUUAAUGCCAUUUUCUUAAUUGUUGUGGUCUUUUUGUGUGUGUGUGUGUUUGUGUAGCUUGCACCUUCUCUUCCUUUACAAGAAGAUUUUGUUUAUCACUGGAAGGCAAUUACCCAUUACUACAUAGAGACUUCGGAUGAUAAAGCCCCGGUGACAGAUACAAAUAUUCCGUCUCAUCUGGACCAGAUGUUAGGUAUUUUGCUACAAGAAGAACGUGAGCGAGAGUUCGGAGUGACAGGGCCAUGUAUGGAAUAUUUGCUUCAUCACAAGAUCUUGGAAACAUUAUAUACCUUAGGAAAAGCUGACUGUCCUCCAGGAAUGAAGCAGCAGGUUUUGGUGUUCUACACUAAGCUCCUGGGGAGAAUCCAGCAGCCACUGCUUCCACACAUUAACGUCCACAGGCCAGUGCAGAAAUUAAUUCGACUCUGUGGUGAAGUCCUUGCAACACCAACAGAAAAUGAAGAAAUCCAGUUUCUCUGUAUUGUGUGUGCAAAGCUGAAACAAAAUCCCUACUUGGUUAAUUUUUUUCUGGAGAAUAAGUUGAAAUCAUUGGCUUCCAAAGGCACAGCAGAUGUAAUUUCAGAAGACUCGUUGAGCGGUCAGGAUUCCUUGUCAGCAGACACGGGACAGCCCUGUCAGCCGGAGGAACUGUCUGGUGCCGUGGGGCUGGGGCACACAGAGUUGGAAGACGGGCCCCCUCAGCAGACAGAUGAGCUGUCCACGAGCUUGGACAACCUCGCCGUCACCCCACUGCCAGAGGCCACAGUUGUUCGUCCAAACCAGGAUUACAACUUAGUGAAUUCCUUGUUAAAUCUCACUAGAAGCCCCGAUGGCCGCAUAGCUGUGAAAGCCUGCGAGGGCUUGAUGCUGUUGGUCAGUUUGCCGGAGCCUGCGGCUGCCAAGUGCCUCACGCAGAGCACUUGCUUGUGCGAACUGCUGACAGACAGGCUCGCCUCCCUGUACAAGGCCCUACCUCAGUCCGUGGACCCGCUGGAUAUUGAAACAGUGGAGGCAGUUAACUGGGGCUUGGACUCCUAUAGUCAUAAAGAAGAUGCUUCAGCAUUUCCAGGAAAACGAGCCUUAAUUUCAUUUCUUUCCUGGUUUGAUUAUUGUGAUCAACUCAUAAAGGAAGCACAAAAGACUGCUGCUGUUGCUCUUGCCAAAGCUGUUCACGAAAGAUUUUUUAUCGGAGUUAUGGAACCUCAGUUGAUGCAAACUUCUGAGAUGGGUAUUCUGACGUCAACUGCCCUGCUCCAUCGCAUUGUUCGGCAAGUAACGUCUGACGUUUUGCUUCAAGAAAUGGUGUUUUUUAUCCUUGGAGAACAGAGGGAACCGGAAACUCUGGCAGAUAUUAGCAGACACCCUUUAAGGCAUAGGUUAAUAGAACAUUGUGAUCACAUAUCUGAUGAGAUAAGCAUAAUGACAUUAAGAAUGUUUGAACAUCUUUUACAAAAACCCAACGAGCACAUUCUUUACAACUUGGUCCUAAGAAAUCUCGAAGAAAGAAAUUAUACCGAGUAUAAGCCUGUGUGUCCAGAAGAUAAAGAUGUGGUGGAGAAUGGAUUGAUAGCAGGAGCCGUAGAUCUGGAAGAAGACCCGUUAUUUACUGACAUUUCGCCUGAUAACACUCUGUCAAAUCAAGAGUGGCUUAGUUCUUCACCCCCUGCUACUCCAGACCACCCCAAAAAUGAUGGGAAAACUGAAGUCCAUAAAAUUGUAAAUAGUUUUCUCUGUCUGGUACCCGAUGAAGCAAAAUCUUCCUACCACGUCGAGGGCACUGGAUAUGACACCUACCUCCGAGAUGCUCAUAGGCAGUUCCGGGACUACUGUGCUAUCUGCUUAAGAUGGGAGUGGCCUGGGUCUCCAAAAGCAUUGGAAAAGUGCAAUUUAGAAGCUACUUUCUUCGAAGGGCAUUUUUUGAAAGUUUUAUUUGACAGAAUGGGAAGAAUUCUCGAUCAGCCAUAUGAUGUAAAUUUACAAGUCACCUCCGUGUUAUCUAGACUUUCUCUCUUCUCCCAUCCACACAUACACGAGUACCUUUUGGAUCCUUAUGUGAACCUUGCUUCUGGCUGUAGAUCUCUCUUCUCUGUCAUCGUCAGGGUUGUCGGAGACCUGAUGGUCCGAAUCCAGCGUAUUCCAGACUUCACUCCCAAGCUUCUGUUAGUCAGAAAGCGAUUGCUUGGCUUGGAACCUGAAGGCCCUAUCAUUGACCACAUCACACUGCUCGAGGGCGUGAUCGUGCUGGAAGAGUUCUGUAAGGAGCUCGCGGCAAUUGCAUUCGUGAAAUACCAUGCUUCUUCCACGCCAUAAAUAGCGCCCUCAAGUAACUAAGGGAGUAGAACCGUAGUACACAUUUCAUCAAAAAAGACUCUGCUUCACCCAGCUGAGAGGAUAAAAAGCCUUUUUAAAUGAAGUACUGCUGUAAACUGGACAGGACCAUUAAGAACACAUGGAAUGGAUGCUUCUAGUAAAAAGCUGUAUAAUGUUGUUUUCAUUGGCUUUACCAUAAUGGUUCUG